AUGGUGCCGCUACCCGAGAAGGAGAAGGCGGGGUUCGGAGGAAUGGACUCUGGCCAGUUUGGGACGACGACGCCGAACAAGGACCCCCCGCCGCAGCCGCCCAGGCUGCAGGAGCAGGACCAGGUCACCUCCCUGGCUUCGGCUUCGGCAUCUAUCUCGUCUCCCGCGUCUACCACAUCCUCUCCCGGCAGGCCGUCCGACUCCGCCUCCAACAAUGCUUCCUUCGCGUCCGCGUCCACAUCGACGUUUACCGCCGCUUCGCUCACGUCCCCGCCGCGACGAAAACGCAUGUCGUUCGCGCCUCCCCGGCUGUCGCUCGACGCGCCGCUCGGCGAUCUCACGAGCUGGACCGAGGAGCUGUUCUCCAGCAUACCGAGCGCGCGAGAAGAUGGUGCGGGCGGCGGUAAGCCGUGGGAGAGCAAGGGGAGGCGCGACUCGGCGGUGCUGCCGAGCGCCGGGUCAGGGGGAUCGAGCUCGGCCAGCGCGAAGGGAAGCCCGGCGAGCGCCAGUGUGGUGCCCAAGGGCUAUCCGCCCCGCGGGUCGUCGUUGAGGAGGAAGCCGCAGCAGGAGGUCGCAGAGGAGCCGGCGGUGCGACCGCACGAGAGGGAGCGAGAGCGGGAGAUGACGGACGGGAGCACGGUCAGCGACUAUUCGAGGCGAAGUGAUACGGAUCCGAGCUUGGACCUUAGCGAAUUCCCGAGUCCGCCGAGCUACAGCUCGUUCGCGCCGAUUGGGGCGCAGACCGCCUCCCCUCCGUCGACGGCCGCGCCGAACGUCACGAGUCCUAAGACGAAGCACAAACCCGUUCCGCUCACGUCGCUCGGCCGGCCGUCGUCGCGGUCCAGUAUAGCGGAGGAGGGAGACGCGGCGCCGCCAGCGACGACGCCGUUGUGGAACGAGCUGCUGGGAAUGGUGCGGCAGGACUCACCGGGCGUGGCGUCCGUGCUGGUGAGGAGCCCCGCGUUGGACGAGGGCGAGGAGGGCAGCCCGGUCAUUCCUGCGACGCUGAGCAGCCCGGACAGACGGAAGCUGAUGGAGAGGCUUGCGCGGGAGGCGAUCGCGGGCCGGUCACCGCUGUCCGCAGGGAUGACGGUACCGAAUCGGCGAGAGGAGGAGGAAGAUGAGGACGACGAAUUUUUACUGCCGGGCGUGACGAGGAGGGGGGACAACCGCGACUCCAACCUGACGGUCAGGCCGGAGAGGGACUCAGCAUCAACGCUGCGGGAUGUGGACCGCAGUUCGGCGGAGGGAGCGAGCAUCGUGCGGGGUGCGGUGGUGGCAUACGCAACGAAGGCGAAUGUGAUUGGGGCUGGAGUAAGGAGUAGGUCAGGGUCGGCGGGGACAUCGCCGGUGGAGAAGAGGGACGUAGGGAGGAAUGAGGCCGGUGCAGACUUGCAGCCGCGGACCGACCUGAGGCAAGAUCGAGGGUUGAGCCUGCUGCUGGAGGGUGUGCACCAGACUAUAGAGGGCGUGGACGAGGACGAAGAGCCGGAGGACGAAGGUAGUGGUAGCGGGAGCGCGAGUCGGAGUGGCAGCGGGAGCGCCGAGAGCGGGUGGACGUCGCUCACGGGCUCGUCGAGGCGGCAGACGGUAGCGACGUCCGUGUCGUCGGAGGGCGCGAGCGAUGCUCCGAAGACACCAAAGACGCCGUCGCUUGCCUACUUGCAAGCGACCCCCAGUCCGAGCCCGAGCGCCACCCAGAGCUUCUUUGAGCUGGACCAGGACGAGCCCGAGGAAGCGUCUGACUCAGCCUCGGAUGACGAUGGGGAGCGGGAAGAGAAGGAGAGUCAGGAGACGGAGACGGUACAUAUCAGGUCCCAGUCGACCUCGCCUUUGUCCGCCGCUGCCCAGAAGAGGAAUCAGCGCCCGCGGAUCGUUAUCAGCGGCAUCCCACCGGAGGCAAACUCUGCUACGACCUCAGCGGGGAAGUCUCCGGUCACAUCCCCUGCCCACUCGAAGAAUCCCUCAUCUCCGAGCUCGCUGUCACCCGCAACCCCCGCGGUACGCUAUCGCGGGUGGCUCGCCGAGGUCCUUGCGCCGCUCGAUGACUUUAUCAACGAUGCGCUCGACCCACGUGAACGAUACGUCGAUCUUCGCGAGAUCGCGGAGGGCGAGUCGGGCAGCGUGUAUGCCGCACGCGUCGUUCCGCUCCCAGACCUGUCCUCUGCAGCAUCUCAUACGCCGUCUGCGAAGGCGUGGGCUCGAGCCGCGGCGAAGGACAGCUCCCCGUCAUCGAACAAACAGACAGUCGCGAUCAAGAACGUGCAAGUCAGCCCGACCGGGAGCCCGAAGAUAGGCGAGCUGAAGCACGAACUCAGCUUGAUGAGGGGUCUCAGUCAUCCAAACAUAUUGACCAUGGAUGGUCUCUACAUGGACCUGGUAGAGGAUUCGCUUUGGAUACGGAUGGAGCUCAUGGAGCGGAGCUUGGCGGACGUGAUCGGACUUGUGGAGGAGGGCCUGGAGAUCACGGAGGUGAUCGUCGCCCGGUUCGCCUCAGACAUCUUGUCCGGGUUGUCGUAUCUUCAGACGCAUGGCAUCGCACAUCGGGAUGUGCGAUCUGAUAACAUGCUCUUGAACUGUGAAGGCGUUCUGAAGCUGGCCGAUUUUUCCAACGGCGUGCGCGUAACGGCGGAGAGCCCGACAUGCUCCGACGUAGUAGGGGUUGUCUAUUGGCAGGCUCCGGAGGUACGGAGUGGAUCAUACGAUGCUUUGAAGGUCGACGUGUGGUCCCUCGGAGCCACUAUCUGGGAAACGCUGCAAACUGUACCUCCGUUUUCGGACGUGCAAGAUGCCAGUCAGAUCGGCCGCCAAUGGCCUCCGCUCGAUGAUCCUGACGCCUACUCGCGAUCUCUACACGACUUCCUGGCUCGGUGCUCGAUGCCUGCUGCUUCCCGUCCGACACCAAAGGAACUUCUCGCGACUCCGUUCAUUCGCAGCGCUUGCAGGCAUUCAGUCAUUGCCCAAUUACUCUCGGAUUGUACAAACAUCGAAACGCGUUUGAAUAGGCGGCAAAGUGGCGAGAGCAUGGACUCACAAGGGACUGUUUCUUAG